GGGGCGGUGCCCGGGAGAACCAGGGGGCGGUGGCGGAGGCUGGGCCCGGGCAUCUGCACGCGCUGCUCCCCCAAGGCCAAGUUCCCGGCUCGCCGGGCUCCGAGUGGGGAAAAGGGACCGAGGGCAGGGAGGGCGGCCCAGCCGCGCCGCGCCUCACGAGCUUCGUGGGGAUUACCCCUUCUCUGCUUUGAGGAAACAUGAAGUCACAGUAUCUUGUGCCUACUGUAGCCACACUGAUAUUCCUAACAUGGAUCCCUCUCUCCUUCAGUUGUAACAAAGCUCUCUGUGCUAGUGAUGUGAGCAAAUGCCUCAUCCAGGAACUUUGUCAGUGUCGACCUGGUGAAGGAAAUUGUUCAUGUUGUAAGGAGUGUAUGCUUUGUCUGGGGACUCUUUGGGAUGAAUGCUGUGAUUGUGUUGGUAUGUGCAAUCCUCGAAAUUACAGUGAUACACCUCCCACCUCAAAGAGCACUGUAGAAGAACUUCAUGAACCAAUCCCAUCUCUCUUUCGUGCUCUAACAGAAGGAGGCACCCAGCUGAACUGGAACAUUGUUUCAUUCCCUGUUGGUGAAGAACUUUCCCAUCAUGAGAAUCUGGUUUCAUUUUUAGAAACUGUGAACCAACCACACCACCAGAACGUGUCUGUUCCUAGCAACAAUGUCCAUACACCAUAUUCCAAUGACAAAGAACACAUGUGUACUGUGGUAUAUUUUGAUGACUGUAUGUCAAUACAUCAGUGUAAGAUUUCUUGUGAAUCCAUGGGAGCAUCUAAAUAUCGCUGGUUCCAUAACGCCUGUUGUGAAUGUAUUGGACCAGAAUGUAUCGACUAUGGCAGUAAAACUGUCAAAUGUAUGAACUGCAUGUUUUGAAGAAAGAAAAGGAGUCCUAUAAUAAUAAAAUACAGACCAAAGUCAUCUUCAUUAAAGAGAAAGAGACGGAAGGAAAGACAUCAGCUGGUGAAGUAUACGUGUUUUAUCAAAAUGCAAGUAAUUUGGGAAGAAGAUAUAAAGAAUUUUAAAUAUUUGUCACUUUAAAAAUUGAGUAAUAAUUGAUUUUCCUAUCAUGUUUUAAGCUUCUUUUUAAUUUUAGGAAAUCAUUGAGCAUAAUCAUCCACCUUGAUUGGCUUAUUGUUAAUUGUCAAUGAAUUUUUGCCUUAGAAUGUAUCUAAAAUCUUGGUCAUUUUAUGGAAGAAAUAUAAUUGAAAAAUUCACUGGGACAUCUCAUCUUCAUGUCAAAGAUGGUGGAUGCCUGUUUCUGCCAGUAUCCCUUAACCUUUUGUUUUGAAAAUGUUAGCAGACAGAUCCUAGAGUAAGGUUGGUUUACUUUGACAGUUACUUCCCAUAUUCAAAAUUUUCUUUUAAAACAUUAGAAUUGCACCAUUCACAGAAUGCUGAGUUUUUAUAUUUAUGUGCAUUACAAAUUCUAUCUCUUCCCUUUAUUUUUCACUUGUAGUCUGUUUGAAGCACAGGAAUUAUUUAAACUUACAUUUAUAUGAAGGUUUGCAUAAAAACUAAACUGAUAAACCUUUUAUAAUAUAAAGAUAAGAUGAAGUAAGAAUAUUAUUGAGAACAUGCUGAAAAACAUUGGUGGAUUUCAAUAAACACUUAAUUAAAACCCAGUUCCUGUAUGUGACUUGUGAGGCCAGUUUGUAUAAGAGGUCCUAGGACUGGGGCUGGGGGGUGAAUGCCAGGCUAGGAGAUAUAUAAUCUGUUGUAACCUAAUUGAGAUAGCAAAAGAACAGUUUGAGUCAAGAGAACGGAAAAUGGAAUACGCAUUUAUAUAAUGCCUCCCACAAGCUGAGCACUGUAUGCUUUACAAAUAUUAAUCUCAUUUGAUCCUCACAACAACCCAGGGAGGUAGGUGCUAUUUUUAUCCCUGUUUUACAGUCAAAGAAACUGAAGCAAACAGGUUAAAUGACUUGCCCGAGGUCACCCAGCUAGUGUAUGUCUAAGGCCAGAUUUGAACCGGGAAUGGAGUCUGGGGAGGAAGUAAACAGGUAAAAGUUGGAGGCUUCUUGGAAGAUGGAAACAAGACCACAAACAGGAUAGUAGAAUAUAUGGUUCCCAUUUGGAAUGUGAGUGAGCAGAAUCAGGGUAAUGGAAAGAAUAGAGCUUAAGAUAAAACAAAAAAAUUGUAUCAAAAGGGAAUUUAGGCUUGAGCAUGUUUGGGAAAGAAGGUUGAGGGAUAUGAUACAGGAAAGUUGAGAUCAGAUUACUUAAAAUAAUGUCAUUGCUUCAGAAUCUUCUAUUUAAUCUUUUUUUAUCUGAUUCUAGUUUAUAUUGUUAUUGAAUAAGCAUUGUUAUCUAGGGGGUGAAAAACUUGAUUAACUGUCAGAGUGUAACAGUUACCAGUAAAUAUAACAGCGUAAUCACCAACUUUGAGGUUUUGUGACUGUCUUUUUUCUCAACAAUUUAUAAAAGUUUUAAAAAGGAUUCUCACAGAAGGAAACAAACCAAAACUCCAAGUACAUUCCAGAGUCUUUUUGUUAUUCUUUAUGUAAUAUUCUGAUAAAAAGCCAGAACAUUAUUUACAUAAAAAGUGCCCACCCACACUUACAGGAAGUCUGAACCUUCAAAAUAAAUAAAUAAGGUAAAUAAUUCAUAAGGCAAACAAGACUCUCAGCUUUUCAAAAUGUAUAAUCACAGCUUCCCUUUGGUAGGAAGUUCCCUUAUUGCAUCUAAAAUAUGAUUUUAUUUAUUUAACAUUUAGAUAUUCAGGAAUACAUAUCUUCUGUACAUCUUCUCAUAUAGACAUAUUCAUCUUAGAUUUUGCAAUAGUCAUUUGCUUAAACUUAAGUUGUCUUGAGUUUGUGUGCAUUUUUCUGAUCAAGUAUCACAAAAUUAAAAACCUUGAUGCCUUAAAUAGUAUUUUCUACUGACACCAAACACAUCAUCCAAUCCAAGUGGACUCUGAAAUAAGCAGUGAUUUAAGAUAACCUUUUCUAUUUUAUAGAGUUUAUUUUAGGACAUGAACUUUUAUUUUUUAGGUAGCAAAACUCUUCCCCUUCAUUUUGUAUUCAUCAUUUCAUCUGGACUUUUUGUUAAAACAAUAGAAGCUUGUAAUUGUGACCUAAAUAUAUUUAAGAGUAAAACACGAUAGGAAUCAACAUCUUUUAAAAAGAUAUAAUUGAAAAAAAGGUCUAAUUUAAUUAAAUAGGUUUUCACCAUUCACAACUAAUACCUGCAGCCUGAGGGUCUGUUUUACUGCAGACAAGAAAAAAUUUAAGGAAAUUUUUGGCCAUUUGCUGUCUUUCAACUUCUUUCUUCUUCAGAGUAAACACAUAUAUAUGGAGAAAUUCCUUUUUGUUUGUUGGCUAUAUGCUUAAUGUCAUCAGCAUUAAUUUCCCUUAGCACAUAUAUGUUCUUUAAUUGACAUUCCUCAUUUUAAAUACUUGAUAAAACAUGUUUGUGUGUAAAUAACUUUUUUAUUUUCAUUUUUCUGACUUAUUCCACAUUGCUCUUUUUCAAUUCUCUACAUUGUGAUGGUGAUUUCCUACACCAUAAAUCAAUUUAAAUUGAUGGAAUUCUUUUUUUCCUCUAUUUGCCCAUUAACAGCUAUUCUUUGAAUUAUUCUUUUUUGUGAUAAAUUUUUUUAAAUUUUAUUUUGGUGGGUGGAAUAAAUAUGAGUAUAUAAACCUGUCUGCUGUUUAUCUCAUGGUUUAUUUUCUGAUUUUGGAUAAUAGGUAUUUUAAAUUUGACUUUAAAAUAUAGGUAGAAAUAACAUAAAGCCUGUUAUUAAUUCUGAAGGUACUGCUUAUCCUCUCUGACACUUGGACACUACUAUGAUCUUGAGCACCAAAUUCUUGUUUAGUGAAGAAGUUUUGAUAGAUCACAGUUUCUGUUUUUUAUAUUUUAAAAAUGUUGUUAUUUGCUGCUAGUUUUUGAUAGCUAAAUAAUCUAGAAAUAAAAUCUGUCGAUUUAAGUGAGUUUUAUUAAAAUGAGGGGAUUUCAUACUACCAUACAUUUUCUUUUAGGAUAGUUUUUUCUCUCAUUUGCUUGAUUCGAGCACUGUGCUUUUAAUUGAAACUAUAGUCUUCAUUUAAGGAGCCAAAGUAAUUCCAGUACAUGUUUAUAAGGUAUGUCAUGAAUCAAAGAUAAAAUCACUUAGAUUUAUGACUUCUAAAGUUUAAGGAAACUAAAAUAGCUCAUAUGUUAGGAUCAUAACUCAUUUAAUGGCUAUUUAAGAGCAGAGCUAAUAUCAGUGUGAGAAGGAAGCAAAAGAAGAGGAAAGAAUUCAGACAUUAAUAGAAUUGACUAUGAAAAAGUUCUUGCUUUUAAGAAGUUUAAUUCAUUCUCUUCUCCCAACUGUGUAUUAUGUAUUCAUGCAGUCUAUUAGCAUCAUAAAAUGUAUGUAUUUUGCCUUUUUUAUCCCUGUAAAUGUAUUUUAAUUAAAAUGUUGUAAUAUA